UGCACACUCUCCAAAUAUAAGCUCCCGCCUUCCACAAACAGAAGCCACAGGCCAGGCCCUGAAAUGGAAGCCAGGCUGCUGAGCACUGUCUGCGGACUCUUCCUGGCCUUCCUGCUACACGCAGAGCCUACCCAGGUGGAGCUUGUACCAGAGAAGAUCGCAGGAUUCUGGAAGGAAGUGGCUGUGGCUUCUAACCAAAACCUAGUGCUGAAGGCUCAAAGGAGGGUAGAGGGCUUGUUCCUCACCUUCAGUGGGAGGAACAUCACUGUGAAAGCCGUGUACAACAGCUCAGGAAGUUGUGUGACAGAAAGCUCAGUGGGCUCAGAAAGAGACACUGUAGGGGACUUUGCUUUUCCUGGCAACAGGGAGAUCCGCGUGCUGGACACAGACUAUGAGCACUACACCAUCCUGAAGUUGACGGUGCUCUGGCAGGGUAGAAACUUCCAUGUGCUCAAGUACUUCACUCGAAGCCUUGAGAACGAGGAUGAGCCAGGCUUCUGGAGGUUCCGGGAAAUGACAGCAGACCAAGGCCUUUACAUGCUGGCCCGACACGGGAGGUGUGCUGAGCUCUUGAAAGAGGUGAGUCCACUACUCUUGGUCUACACUGCAGCCCGACUCCCAAGAAGGCUCUGCUGGUACUACUAGAUCCUGAUCCUGGGGAGGAGGGUCCAUCCAUCCUUCCUCUGAUCAAGACAACUAACAGCCCCAACUGGCAGCUUCAAAUGUAUCUGUUUUGUAGGCUCUUUGGAAAGAGCAGCCUGCUCUGUGACCCAAGCUGCCAUGCUGGGCUCUUGGGUGUGGGAAAGAACUAGGUUGGUGAAGAGAGGUUCCUCGUUUGUAUUGUUGUGUGAAGCAAGGCUGUGCAGGGUUCUGGGCCAGCUCUGACCCGUCAUGUCUUGACAGUGGGAUGGGGUGUUCAGCUCUGCUAGAUAUCUGGGGGUUUCCUGUGUCUAGCACCAUGCUAACCUGUGACCUAUACAACCUCACUGUCACAGCCCAUGCCCCAGAGGUUGACACCAUAACCCAUUUUACAUAUAGAGAUGUCAAAGCUCAGAGAACCAGUGCUUUGCCAAGCCAGGCAGCUGGGGUGCCAGGCAGCUGGGUGCCAGGCACCUGGCUUGUGAUACUUGUCCAGUGCCUCAGGGUCCCUGGAGGCCAUGCAUGGCCCUGAGCUCUGCUGUUCUGCCUGCAGGGACUGGUCUGAGUAGCUCCUGCCCAGGCCAGUGGCUGCAGCCCCACCUACCUGGCCUCUCUUGUUCCUGCCCGAAGAAACUGCACCUGCUCCAAAUAAAUCCUGCUGUCAAACGCUGCCCAGCAUUUUUUUCUGGGGUGGGAG